AUGGGCUCUGUACGAGCUAUGGCGUCUACGAGGCUGCUGGGCUUUAUCAAUGCGAAAGCGGCAUGCUCGACCAAAACAUUAGCCCGGGCUGGCUGUAGGUUGAGCUCUAAGAGAAAUGUCUGCAGUUCACCUUCAAGACUGCAGAGCAGCAUGCAAGCCUGGGUCAUUGACCAGUAUGGCACGAAUGGAGUUUUAAGGUACACAGAGGAAAUCUCCAUCCCCACAAUCAAUUUUGCCAGUGAAGUGAUGAUAAAAGUCAAUGCGGCCAGUCUUAACCCCCUGGAUGUAUCCAUGAGGGGAGGGUAUGGGGCAACAUUGUUGAACAUAAGAAGGGAUCCGUCAUCACUGAUGGGAAACUACAAUGAGUUUCCACUCAUACUGGGUCGUGAUUUGUCAGGUGUAGUGGUGGACUGUGGAUCUGGGGUCACCCACUUUUCCCCAGGAGAUGAGGUGUGGGCUGCUAUUCCUCCGUGGAAACAAGGCAGCCUCGCAGAAUUUGUGACUCUAACAGAGUAUGAGGUCUCCCAUAAGCCAAAGUCACUGAGUCACAUAGAGGCAGCAUCCAUCCCGUAUGUGGCCAGCACCGCUCUGUCUGCACUUGUAAAUGCAGGUGGUCUUUGCAGAGAAAACUCUUCAAAUAAAAGAGUUUUGAUCACUGGAGCAUCUGGGGGCGUUGGAACAUUUUCUAUUCAGCUGUUAAAGGCUUGGGGUGCCCAUGUAACUGUCACCUGCUCCCAGAAUGCUGAGGGCCUUGUUAGAGGGCUGGGGGCUGACGAAGUGGUGGACUACACAGCCGGAGAUGCAGUGGAAAAGCUUGAAAUGAUGGGAAAGUUUGAUGUCAUUUUGGACAAUGUGGGGGGCGAUUCGGAGCAGUGGGCUGUGGGCCUGCUGAAGCCCUGGUCAGGAGCAAAGUACGUCACAUUGGUAUCGCCUCUACUUCUCAACACUGACUCCAUGGGCCUGUUAGACGGGGCCUUUCACGCUGGCUUCACCCUACACAACAAAGCCAUUCAGAACAUAUUGUCAAGUGGAAUUUUCUACAGGUGGGCUUUUUAUGCUCCAGAUGGCUUCGUCUUGGAUGAGGUCAGCAAGCUGGUGGAUGCAGGAAAGAUCCUGCCAGUUGUUGAGGCCCAGUUUCCCUUCACCCAGGUGCCUCAGGCUUUUCAGAAGUUUGAGCACGGCCAUGCCAGAGGGAAGACUGUAGUCAGGGUGGCCGAGGAGGAAGACGACUGGGCAGAGGCUUCAGACUCAGAACAAGAAGUACAAGAAACUGGCCAGCAAAACUAA